GGUGAUUUGGGUAUUGAAACUGCAUCCUCUACCAUUUACCUGUUGCUGCUCUUUGCCCAUCUAGACCAUUUGUAGCGCUCAUUCUGAACACAAGUUGUAAAACUGUUCUUUUUUCAGAUGCCUUACAGAUGUAGCUUCUGGUGUUUCAACAUCUUAUGGCGUUGUGGUAGGUAGCUGUAGCAGUAGUUGUCAGUGCGAUUAGUCUGGGGAAAUGGCAAUCUUAAAGGUCGCGGAUAGGACAUUGGCAGUCUACAGGAGGGGAGCAAGGUUUCCUCACAAAUGUCUGAGCAGGGGCAGGGUUUGUGAUGUCAGUUGAGAGGAAACAGAUAAAACGUUUAGCGCGUUAGUUUGAUCUUCAAAAAAUCUAAAGCGCAGCAGGACUUGCAGCUCAACAGCGUAGCAAAGAAUGGGAGUUCAGAGACAUGGGCAAUCAAGAGGAGUUUACGCACACUUGAAGGUGAUUUGAAAAACACUUUCUCAUGGAAAUAGUUCUUUAUUUUGGAUGCUACCUGUCUUACGUAGAAUUACAUUUCGUCUGUCAGUCCUUUUGGGUAGGCUACCUGUAAUAUUAAGAUUAGAUUCCUCCUUAUUUGUAGUUGUACCAGCAAUGCUGUGAUAUUUGGCAGUAGAUACUUGGUGCUGAUACAGGACGUCUUCUUUUGACUGAUUUUAGGCGAAUUACCUACCUGAAUCUGUAACCUACUUUGCUUAAUAACAAUAUAAUAAUAUAGCCUAAACAUACAUGUAGAUUGUAGACUUUAAUUUCUAUAGGUGGCCACAUCAGGGUUUCAUACUUUUUUGUGGGACAGAGCAAAGUGCGCUCGACUGAAGACUUAAAAUACUCUCAGUUGUGAGACACGUUCGGAGUAUCAUUCCCUCUAACUAAUUAAUAUGUGAAGUAAAUCCCUGAAUGGGACCUAACAGUAAAAUGAAUUAUGUCUAUACAUAUGUACAUUUGUAGGAAAUACUUGCGUAAUCCUUACCUUGCAGUGAAUGAGAUAACGUUUCUGGGCUAAAUUGAGAAGAUUCGCAAAACGCAAGGCGCUUGAGUUCUUUGAACAGCCAUGGACUGUUGGUACAGAUUGCAUUUUGGCUUUGGGGUCUGCCAGGCAGUGUAAAAUAAUGCAGAAGUGAAUACUACAAUGAUGAGGCGCUAGUUGUGGGGACACAUCUUUGCAGACUGUUCUCCCUUCGCUGGGACAAACAAGCGAAAAUGCAGUAGCCUGGAGAGUAGGGAACGUCCUGAAUGAAUACUAUACGUCCACAAGGAUAUUAAGUUGUAGAUUGGAAGCGAGACGUAAAGGUGGCUCACUGAGACCUGUUUUUUUCUUUUCUACAUUGCACUGACUUUCUAAUUUGCCUACAGCGAGAUAGGCGCUCAAAGCUGCUUCAUUCCCACGUGUCAAAAACAGAUUUAUGGAACUGAAUCUCUCCAAAUGUAUCACAUUGGCAUUAUCCGUUUAAGUUCUAACUUAGUGUUUUUUUAUUAAGAUUUUUUUCAUUGCAUACUUGGAGUUAUAAUAGGCCAGUAUCGACUUAAAUAACCUGCACGAGCGUGAGGCAUCUACUCAAUUAACCCGCGGUGGGCUGCUUAAUUCUGCUGCUGUCUUUCUCACAUUCCUGAAAACCUGCGCUCAUAACUUAAUUUGUUAUCAUAUUUAACACUUCAUAGCAAUUGAAAUGAUGCUCGUCAGACUACUGGUUAUUAUUAUUGUUGUAGUUCAUUCAUGGCUGCUAAAAUCCACUCAAUCAGAUCAUAUUCAAAAGUACAAACAGAUUAUUGCUCAAAGAGCAGACAGUGAACGAGCUGCUGUUGCAAGUGAACAGUGCGGUUCGGUCAGCCGCAGAAGACUGGCUCGAGCACCGGCCCAAUACUACCCCCCAACGGCUUUACCUGUGAGAAGCACGCGACUGAAAGACAUAUAUCAUGAGGCAACUCGAACUGGACAGUCCUGCUCAGGUGCUUGCAGUCCCGUUAGUAGCAUUAGUGCGGGUGAAUUACAAAACGUUUGGGAUGCCCGUGGAAGGGGGGUAAAAGAGAAUCAAGAGGAAUCGUUUCAGAAAGACAUAUUGGAUAAAAUCACAGAGACACAGAGAGUUUCAGCCUCCUCUCAGACAUCUCACAUGAAGAGCCCAAUUUCCAGUUCCCACAAGGCACAGUUGUCAAAGCGAUACCAGCAGCACUAUGCUGAGAAGUCUGUCCUAAGGGGCAGGCAGAGGCAUGUGAUUGACAGUGUCUCUCCACCACAAAGGCAUAAGCGCAGUGCUGUUCGACCAUAUGUUGGAGACCCGGACAUUUUCGACCAAAAGAUGGGUUUUGCCCAGGAUGUGCACAGUGACCACUCCAGCAAUGACUCUAAUGAGAGUGAAGACUACUCGGGGGAGCAGGAAGAGCAGCCCAGCCCUGCGAGCGAUAUGUGGGGCAGGAGUGUCCCGGAGACCCCUCCUAAAUGGAUGACCGUGCUGUACUUUGGUGGAAGGAAGGAGCAGCUGAGGAUCAACCCAGCCGUUGGCAUUGAGCUCCCCCGCAAAAAGUUCAGCGUCGAGCUUUGGGUCAAGCCAGAGGGAGGGCAAAAUAACCCAGCGGUCAUCACAGGAGUGUUUGACAACUGUUCUCACCCUCUGAGUGAGAAAGGGUGGUCGGUUGGUAUUCGGACAUCUGAGCCAGGAGGGAGAAAAGAUGGCAGGUAUUUCUUUACCCUCCGGACAGACCGCAACCCUAGAGCCACCACUGUCACAGGUCAUCAGCACUAUCGUCCCAACAUCUGGACUCAUUUGAUGGCCACCUACGACGGCAGCAGGAUGGUCCUGUACGUGGAUGGAGCAAAGGUAGGGGAGAGCAGCCAGCAGACCGGCGCCCUGUACAGCCCCUUCAUGAGGACCUGUCGAAUGUUUUUCCUGGGUGGGGACCAGACAGACUCCAGGCACAGUUUCAGGGGGCAUUUAGGCGGGGUGCGCUUAUGGAGUCACCCUCACACUCAGGAGAUGCUGCUUAGUGGGUUCGGCCGCAAAGAGAGAGAAAGCCCAUUACUUGUAACGUGGGCUGACUUCUCCCGCGCGGAACAGUGGUGGGUGCCCUACAAGGAAAGGCAUUACCCGGCUGUGCUGGCCGUUCCCAUCCCUGAGCGUGAGCUCGUCUCGCCCUUCCUGCCCCCGCUGUGCGGCCUGACCGUCUGCGACAACAAAGACAUUGUCCUGAGCUACGGCGAGCAUUGGCAGCUCCGCACGGAAAAGCGCAUCCACUACCGCGUUGUCAAUGUUGGCAACGACGACGGAGGCUGCCCCACUGUCUCGACCGUCCAGAUCCAACGGCAGCACAGAGCCCUGGUGGAGGCCUUCCGCCCGUACAACCUCACCCUGGAGCUCAGCGUGCACACAGUGCACAACUCCACCCUGCGCCAGCGUUUCAUCCUGGGAAACUGCCUGAUUGCCAAGAUCGGGAACAAGCACUGUGAUCCCGAGUGCGACCACCCGCUGACUGGCCAUGACGGGGGGGACUGCUUGCGAAAGGGGCCCUGCUACCCCUGGAGGAGACGGGAUGGAGAAUGUAAUCCAGAGUGCAACACCGUAGACAAUGAGUAUGAUGACGGAGACUGCUGUGACCCAGAUAUUACUGAUGUUGCCAAGACCUGCUUUGACCCUGAGUCUCCAUACAGGACUUACCUGAGUGUCAGGGAGCUGAGAGACCUGCUUCAUCUGAACAGCUCCAACACACUCAACGUCUUCUUUGCCAACAACUCGGCCCGUGAGGAGCUGGCUGGGGCGGCCACCUGGCCCUGGGCGAAGGAGGCCCUCUCUCAUCAGGGUGGGAUGAUCCUGAACCCCUCCUACUAUGGCACCGUUGGACACAAUAACACCAUGAUCCACGAGCUGGGCCACAUUUUCGGACUGUACCACGUGUUCAAAGGUGUCAGUGAGCGGGAGUCGUGUGACGACCCCUGCCAAGAGACUGAGGCCUCCAUGGAGACGGGCGACUUGUGUGCAGACACAGAACCCACCCCCAAGUCUAAAGCUUGCCGCGACCCUGACCCCAUCAAUGACACCUGUGGCUUGAGCUACUACUAUAACACACCAUACAACAACUACAUGAGCUACACGGAUGAUAAUUGCACCAAUCACUUCACACCCAAUCAAGUGGCGAGGAUGCACUGCUAUGUGGAUUUAGUCUACCAGAGUUGGGUUGAGGACCGAAAACCUGCCCCUGUUCCUCUCGCGCCAAUGGUGGUUGGCCAUACAGGAGACUCCGUCUCAAUCCACUGGCUGUCUCCAAUCAGUGGCCCACUCUAUCAGAGGGAGGGAGAUGUGAACUGCCAGAGGUGUGAUGAGGACGGGGUUCUCCACCAGUAUGCUUACGAGGCCACCUCUCCUCACGCAUGUGACACCUCGGGGUACUGGACACCUGAAGAGGCUGUUGGUGCCCCUGAUGUGUACCAGCCGUGCGAGCCCAGCAUGCAGGCCUGGAGCCCCGAGGUCAGCCUGUACGAUGCCAACAUGACCUCUCCCUGUCCCCACGAGGAGGGCUGUGUGCUGCAGCUCUUCUUCCUCCACCCUGUCGUCCCUGACACACUCACCGUGUGGGUCACCUACAUCUCAGCCAGUAAUCCAGUCAUAUCUAAUAUAGAAUUCAUACUAGAGACUGGUGAGUCUCUACACAUGGGCCCUCAUAGCGUCCUCUGCGACGUGCCUCUCACGCUCAGAGUGCACACCAACAAGCGAGUCACCGCCGUCAAAAUCUGCACCUUCGACAAGAAGAUGGAGAUCGACGCCGCGCUGCUCACCUCGCGGCCUCAGAACGCGCUGUGCUCCGGCUGCCAGCCCCUGCGCUACAGGCUCUACAGGAAGCCGCCCUUCGGCAAAGAGGAAAGCCCCGUGCACCAGAGUCAGCUGAUCUACACAGACAGGCGAGUAGUGUUAAUGCUCGUUUUAAAAACACUGCAUUGGUCUGUGUGUGCUGUCUGCAGGAGUGUGGUGAAGGAUGUGCAGUACCAGUACUGGGUGCAGGUGGAGGCCGGGGGCCUGCUGAGCGAGCUCUCCCCCUCGCUGCUCUACACACACCCCCAGCCCUUCUGUGGGGACGGCCUGCUGCAAGGGAUGGAGAGGUGUGAUGAUGGGAAUCUCUUGGAUGGAGACGGCUGCUCUAAAAAAUGCCUGAUGGAGCCAGGCUUUAACUGUGAAGGACGGCCGAGUCUGUGCUAUGUCUUUGAGGGAGACGGAGUGUGUGAGGAGUUUGAGAAGGGCACCAGCGUGCAGGACUGUGGCUACUUCACGCCGGUUGGCUACACGGACCAGUGGGCCUCCACGGCCUGGGCGUCCCACCAAGACCACCGGUGCCCUGCCACGGGGGCGACAGGAGAACCGUCUCUCAACCAGAUGUGCAAAUCCCAGUAUCUGGAUGUAGAUAAUGCUGUAACACAGGGGGCAUGGGUUCCAUGCACUGCGCAGUCACAGAUGGGCAACUACUAUGAGCAGGACCAGUCUGUGUGGCUUAAGGUUGGAUUCGAGCAGCCGGGGGUGGCAGCCUCUGUUAUCGUCUACCUGACGUCCGAUGGGGGUUGGCAUGGCGACCACUGCAGUAAUACAGUCUCCAUUCAGCUGUGUGACACUAAUGGGAAAAACCAUUCACUCGGUGACUUUGAGCUUUCGUGCCAACGCAACCCCCUGGUGGUGAACGUGACUCAUAACCUCAGUCUGCCCUUCUUUCUGACCUCGGCCGUGAUGCUGAACUUCUCCUCGGCACACGUGGGCGUGACGGGGGUGGCCCUACGCACCUCCUGUCUCUUCAGCGCCUUUGCCCUGACUGGAUGUGUCCACAGGCCUUGUGGCAUGGAAAGCUGCAGGCCGGUGAAGAUAGAGCACGCCUUCGUCACAUGCGCCGCCGGGACAGACGCAACGCGCUGCUCUGUCCUCUGUCACCGUGGUUACACCCUCAGUGUCCUCAGCGGCAAAGGCAUUCCCUCUCAUCGGCGGGACAUCAAUCUGAGCUGCAGUCAUGGCGUUUGGGAACGGAUAGUGACGUGCCAGCCUGUCGACUGUGGGCUACCUGAUCAGUCACACGUCUUCUUUGCCACCUUCUCAUGUCCGUGGGGCACAACAUUUGGAAAGCAGUGCACCUUCUCCUGCAAAGCCCCCGCCAUUUUACAAGGGGACAGUGAUACAUUGGUAUGUUUGGAAGAUGGUCUUUGGUCCUACCCUGAAGCCUACUGUAAGACGGAGUGCCCAGACCCUCCAGUGGUGCCCAAUGCCAAACUCCUGGUGCCGGAGUGCGAUGGUAGUGGCCAUGAUGUGGGCACAGUUUGCCGUUACAAAUGCAACCCUGGAUAUUAUGUGUCUGACAGUCUGAACAAGAAAAUAAGAAAGAGGUUUCUGAAGCUGGAAUGCCUGGACGGGGGCAACUGGGAGGCUGGCAGUUGUGCCCCGGUCUCGUGCCCAGCUCCGCUUGCCAUGUUUGAGGGCAUGUACACCUGCACAAACGGCCUGGACUUUGACACCGUCUGCAUUCUCCACUGUCCCGGACCUGCAGAGAAGCACUCAAUUCGCUGCACAAAAGACGGGCGAUGGACGGAGGAGUUUCAGAUGUGCAAGAAUAUAGAGGGCGAUUGUCUGCCACCACCUGACAUCAACUUAGUGGAGAACUUCUGUGGAGAGGGAUUCAGUAUUGGUGCUGUUUGCUACCCAACAUGCAUUGUGGCCUUGAGCGACCCAGUGGUGUUAGCCAAUGGGACCACCGCUGACACAGUCAAGCACUGGAUGCUACCCAGCAAAGUUGAGAGUAUUGUCUGCACUGGUAUGAAGAAAUGGUACCCAGAUCCCAAAAGCAUCCAUUGUAUUCAGUCCUGUGAGCCUUUUGGUGGUGAUGGCUGGUGUGACACCAUCAACAACCGGGCAUACUGUCAGUACGAUGGAGGAGACUGCUGUCCUUCAACACUUUCUACCGGAAAGGUCAUUCAGUUUGGAGUGGACUGUGAUCAUGAUGAAUGCACUUGCCGCGAUCCUGAAGCAGAAGAGAACAAGAACAAAGGCAAAUCCACAGAGCCAGGACAGCUUUGAGUGAUGGGGAAAGAUGGACUGUAUGGACAGCUCCAAUGAGACAAAAAGAGCUCACAGAUGGGGAAUACAAAUGAACUGGGCCAUGUUCUUUUCACAAAAUGACAUGGAGAUGAUGUUCUAGCCAAAAGCAGUAUAUCAAAUAGCAGGUGCUUCAGAAGUACAUAUAAAGCUAUACUAAUCUAUAAAAACCUUCACUAAUAUAUUUUCGACAAUCUCUAACAUAGAUGUAGGUGUAGAUGUAAAAGAUUAUUUUAACAUCAUAUCACACAAAAAUGUAUGGCCUGUAUUCUUGUGGAACAAUUCUCAGACAUGUUAGUGAAGUGAUUAUGUAAGGUGCAUCUGAUUUCAAAGAGGUUUUUUUUUACAAAUAUUAAGUACAUUUAUGAGAGUAUUAGCUUGUUUUGUGUCCUAUCAAAAUAUUAAUAAAUGUAUCUGAAGCACAGUUUUAUCGUCAUGUGUUUUUAUUUUCUGAAAAUGAAUUUCGUACUGAUGAAUGGUAAUACUUUCACACUGAGAAGUCCAUAAGCCCUUCAUGACAACUGACAUAAGCAUAUAGAAAUAUUUACAAAGGCUGAUUUCACCUGGUAUUAGGAGUCUUCCAACUUUGGUGACAUGUUGACAAAACACCUUUGCCAAAUGUCACAUAUGUUACAUUAUGUUAUGAUACAAUCAGGGUUCAGAUUGAAUAGCAUGUUAUGACAACUGAUUGCUGUAGCUAAGAGUUUCACAGUAUGUCAGACUGACAAACGGAUAAAAUAUGCCACAUCACUGGCGUUAUGUUAAUAUCUUACAGCACAGUGUGAGCAUUAUAUAGUAGGUGGAGUCAGGCCGUGCGUUGAUGACAGAUUGCUCUUAUGUCAAUGUCAAGCCUUAAGGGAGCUAGGGGGGAAUAAGCUGUUACUGAUGCAUAAUAUUAAGAUGCUGAGGGAUUCAUCCUAAAGUCAACACUAAAUCCAUCAGCACAAUUUUGAUUCUGGGGCUAUUCUGAACCUUAUUUAUGCCUCUCUGGCGUAAUGUUUAUUACAUGAUCAGUCACAUAAGUCACAGGAUAAUAUAUCAUGAGACAAAAAGAACACUAUUUCAUAUUGUAUUCUUUAUUAUCAUUAUUAAUAAUACUAUUAUCAUCAUCAUUGUUAUCAUUUUUAAUAUCAAAGGUUGAAGAAAAAUCUGCACAAUAUAUUAGCUUUUAACAUGUCAGUAAAACUGAAAAAAAGCAAGCA